CUCAACACUUCAGCUGAUGUGCCGCUGAAAUUUUCUCUGUGUUCACCAAACUUUUGUUUGUUAUUGUGUAAAUUGUCCGAAACUAUUUGUUAUUUUUUAUGUAAAUACCGGUACGCGAGUGAUAUUCUUUACCUCUGAUUAAGUGUAAAUUUUGUGAUAAUCAAAAGACUGUAAACGAAUCAACAGAAAGUGCUCAAUUAUCAGUAAUUUAAUGAAUUAGGAACUUUAUCAGAUGUCAUAAGCCAGCUCAAUACAGAUUAACUAUAAAUAAGAAAGAGCAACAAAAAACUUAUCGUUUAGUGGGUAAACAGAAAUCACAACGGGCAAACAAUUACAAACGAAGGGGGACGAUUAGAAACGAACCUCAAAUAGAUAGAACUACACGAUCACAAAAUGCGAAUAGUUGGAUCCAGUAUGCUGUCAGCCCUCAAGCGGCUCUCAACGCGAAAUCCCACGAUCCUAUCAGUCAGUCAUAUACGAUCAUUGAGCUCUUUUGGAACCAUGAGUCUGCCGGAACGCCAACCCUUCUCCCCAGACUUCUUCUUCCGUCAACUUUUUGAUGGAGAAAGCAGCACUUACAGUUACCUUCUGGCGGAUCUUAAGAAUGGUGAGGCCGUGAUUAUAGAUCCUGUCUUGGAGCAGGCCAAACGAGAUGCCCAGUUGGUCAAGGAUCUGGGUUUUCAGUUAAAAUAUGCCAUCAACACCCAUAUGCAUGCGGAUCACAUAACGGGCAGCGGUUGGUUGAGGAAGCUCACCGGUUGCCAGUCGGUGAUUGCCGCCGCCAGUGGAGCCAAAGCGGAUCGCCAUCUAAAGGAGGGGGAUCGCAUUGAUUUUGGGACCCAUUCUAUAGAUACCUUGGCUACUCCGGGACACACAAAUGGCUGCAUGAGCUAUGUGAUCAAGGAUCAGGGAUGUAUCUUCACCGGGGAUACUCUCCUGAUUCGAGGUUGUGGUCGCACCGACUUCCAAGAGGGCUGUCCACGAAAUCUCUAUGAUAAUGUGCACAGCAAGAUCUUUACUCUGCCCGAGAACUUUCGUAUAUAUCCGGCGCACGAUUACAAAGGUCAAAUGGAAAGCAGUGUGUGGGAGGAGAAGCGUUAUAAUCCCCGACUAACCAAGGAUAUCGAUGAGUUUGUUAAGAUCAUGGAAAACCUGAACUUGCCCUAUCCCAAGAAAAUAGAUGCCUCGCUGCCCGCCAAUCGGGAGUGUGGAGUGUACGAUAUACCCAAGGAGUAAACCCAACCCCUGACAAAUGUUGCAUAUAUAAUAGUCUUUCUAUGAGAUUUGUAAUCUUUAAAAUAAAUAUACAAACACAUAUAUCUUAUCAAGA